AUGGAUUAUACCGACUGGGAAGACCGCAAGGCCGAAAUCGAGCGUCUCUAUGUCCGGCAGGAUAAGACCCUCAAAGAGUAUGAAAAUGCAUUCAAGAAAUGGCGUUGGCGAAAGAACAAACUAUCCUUGGAUAAGUGGAAAAUCAUCAACCGGAAAAUCAGCAAACGAAAGCGGCUUGGGCGGGAUAGUGAAGUAUACGUGGAUGGCAUCCGGUAUCCGCCAGACAAGGUGCAGCGUGGCAUCAGACAAAGGCUCAUCUCGGCAGCAGAGAUGUAUUCUGUCCCUUCUCCCCGGACACCGGAAGGCAUUGUUGUAUGCUCUCCUGCACCGAGAACCAUGUUAGAAUGGCCCCACGAGCUUCCUUGGCUUCAGUUCCUUCAAUGGAUGAACGGUCAAGAACACAGGAUUCCCUUUCCUACAUCAUCGGCAGCACUUCCUGUGCACAGCCAUGGGCAAACUGUUGCUGCUCACGCCAUGGUACAAGCUUUCCAGUCUUUUCUGCCAAACAGGGACCUGAAAACAAGCUCCAAUAUGGAUGAAGCUGCCAGACUGGCAGGGGUUCUACAAGUGCUCAUGCCCGAGGCACAAGACGAAGAACAUCGUAUGACAUCCGAAGUACUAUGCAGUCACACCAAUAGUGUGGGCCUGCAGGAGCGCUUCAAGCUGCUCUUCUACCUCCUGUCCAACAAUUUCUCAUUGCAUUCAAUGAACGGACUCCAGCGUUCCGAUUUCAGUGAGCCAGACAUGGAAGAACAAGACGAUCUGGUCCUUAGCGUUCUCCGCAUAUCGGGACUUAACACUUUGGAAAAUAUGAAACAUUUGUUUGCAAUGCCUGGAUUGACCCCGAGAGCUGUUGCAGAGAAGGUCUUUGGGAGCGCAGUGAGGUCGCUUGACUUGGAAACAAUAACAGUUAUGCUCGAGGCCGGAAUGGACCCGCAGACACUUGUUAUCGAUUCUGCCUGUGGAGACGGAUGUACUCCUUUGGAAUACAUUUGUGACAUCGAGCCAUCUGUACGCAUGGCGAAGUUAUUCCUAUCACACAAUGCCGAUGUCAACGCGUACCAACGUGCUCCGUGCCUUGCUUCGGCUUUAUCAAACCGGGACUCGGACUUGGUCGACCUACUCAUAUCCCACGGAGCAAAUAUUGAUGUUUGUCUGGAGGAGCUUCAGUCAAAGUCAUACUAUGGCGGUGUGCAUUCCAGAGAUAUUCUUGAUCCUCUCAGACCAUUCUUAGACCGCCUUCUUGUCCACGAUAUCAACAAUACGACAGACAGAAAACGGCUAGCAACAAUGCUUGCAAUAUCUGUUAAAAAGCAGAGUGCCAACUGGGUAGAAUUGCUACUCGCACGUGAUGCAGAUGUCAAUUCGUUGCACGAGGUGAAAUUUGAAAAUCGCUUUUUCCAUACGACGGCUGUUGGUCUAGCAACGGGGACUGGGAAUACGGAAAUACUUCGGGUGCUUCUCACAGCCAAUCUUGCAUCAGACCCGCAAAGCACCGCCGACCCUAACAUUAUCCAACCUCUCACACUUGCCGUUGAUCGUGGACAUGCUGAUGCCACAUUGUUACUGAUCAACUGUGGCGGUGAUAUUAACACCGUAGAUCACUGCAGUGGAACUAAGAAAACACUGUUUGAUCGCGCACUGGAGAAAGGAAUGUUGGAAAUUUGCGAAUACUUGCUACAAAUGGGAGCGGCAGUAGAUGAAGACACCCUACAGCGUUUCUAUUUCGAGAGGCUCUGCUCCCUUGUCGCGGAAAGCGAUGUCGAUCGGAUUUUGCAGCUGCCACUUCAGCAAAUUGAUCUUAAUUAUUGGUUGGUCGAUCAAUCCAUCACGAACAGCCACGGAGACAACAGGAAAAUCGACGGUACGGCCCUUGGGAUUGCUCUAGAAACGGGGUGUAUACAGAUAAUCUCAAUACUCCUGAAGGCUGGAGCAACAGACAUAGUGAGUCCCUUGCAUAAGAUUGGGGGUGUGGAAACGGCACAGUAUUUGAACUGUGCUGGGCUGCUACCAAUUAUAUUGAACUCAAGUGGGCAGAAUAUCUUGGUUGCUGCAAUUGACGCUGAUGAUGAUACUUUGGUCGAAUACCUGAUUCCUCAUUUGCCAACCGAGAAAUUGAGCCAAAGCCGCACUUGGAGAAGGUAUAAGCAGAGGACGGGUACUCCAUUGGAGGCCGCAAUCAGGAAAGGGAAAUUAGCAACAAUGGAGGCUCUUUUAGCCCGUGGAGCUCGCAUUGCCGAUGCCGAGUUGACAACGGCGGUGGAUAGAUACCUGCGGCAUGGUGAUGAGCUGCUUCUCAGACGCAUUGUGAGUCUGAGAUCACCUUUGAGAUGCAAAGCACCCAUGGCUCUUGCGAAAGCCCUCAAAUCCGACGAUCGUGUGUUGGUUCAGAUUCUACUCUGCUCCGGCCUUGACCUGACAGGGCCCGGAUAUUCGAAGGUCUUGGAGACAGCGGCAAUGGUCAACGAUGACGAUCUUUUCCAAGAGGUAUUCGACGCUGCUCAGUGGUCCAAAGAAGCCUUGGGGUCUGGUUUCACGGCGAGCAUAUGGCAUGGAAAGAGGGCAAGGAUGCAAUACUUGUACGAUGCUGGAGCGGAUCUUAACAAGGGUAUUUCGGGCGAACUUGGCCGAGGUCAUUGGUUUCCCCUCCAGAUCGCUGUUAAAAACAAGGAUAUCUCGGUUAUUAAGGCUCUCAUUGAAUACGGCUGUGAUCCCGACGAAUCAAUCAAGUCCAGUGAGGAGCGCACACCUUUGCAAAGAACGGCAGAGGAUGGCAAUAUCGAAGCUGUCAGCCUUCUUCUUGGAGCCGGCGCAGAUCCCGAUGCGGUUCCAAUUUAUCGCGUCGACGGGGUUCUUAUUCGUCGUGAUACAACUGCAUUACAGUCAGCAGUACGACGGGGGCAUAUGGAGCUUGUGGAAAGAUUACUAGAUGCCGGGGCUGAUGUCAACAGCGCGCCUGGCUGGGAAUCUGGAGCCACGGCUUUGCAAUUUGCUGCCAUCCAGGGGUUCAUUGGACUUGCUCGCAGGCUGCUGGAACUGGGUGCAGAUGUUAACGCCGGUAGAGCAGCUGAGUAUGGAAGAACGGCCUUGGAGGGUGCUGCAGAGCAUGGCCGUCUUGAUAUGCUCCAAUUCCUUCUGGCCAAUGGGGCGUUGAUAGAUGGACGUGGUCGGAGGCAGUAUAUCAGGGCAGUCAAGCUCGCUGAAUGGAAUGGAUAUUCGACCAUAGCUACUUUUCUUCGAUCUCACGGCCAAUGGACAGCGGUCGAUACCCAACGAGCUGAUAUGGAGAAGCAUGAAACUGAUCCUAAAUCGGAGCCAGACUACGAGAACGACCUUUCCUGGGAUUACAAAGCCCCAUGGGAUUUGCUCGUCGAACGGUUUCGGCCGAAAAUGAAGAAUGGAGCAGUGUGUAUCCCCUAA